ACUUUCACAACCGUCACUCACAACACAACAUAGUCAAACUUUUUAGUUUAUCGUGUUUAAUUUGCCUUCUAUUCUAUUUUCAAAUUUUCAAAAUCGACUGCACAAUGAUACUUAGCAAACUCCACUUGCAAAUACUGAUGUUAUAAAUUCCUAAUUCCAUAUCCUAUCAUAUCAUAGCUUUUACACUUUUUCUAAUGGAGAUAAUUCAGGAUCUGCACCCACAAUCAACUACAACUACUACAGAGGAAAAAAAUGAAGAACCUCAACAUCAAAGAUUAAGAGAUUUCAAAUGGUGGUUUCGUGUAUCUCUCUACAUAGUAUUUCUUUUGGUAGGUCAAUCUACAGCCAAUCUUCUGGGAAGACUAUAUUAUGACAAAGGUGGUAAUAGUAAAUGGAUGGCAACAUUUGUUCAAUCAGCUGGAUUCCCUAUACUACUUCCACUCUAUUUUAUCUUCACACCACAUGCUAAAUCUACCAACAUAAAUGCCAAUAUUGAUUCCUCCAAAAAAACCAAACCAAAAUUAUCCACCAUUGUUUCUCUUUACAUAUUUUUUGGCUUACUUUUAGCAGGGGACAAUUUGAUGUAUUCCAAUGGACUUCUAUAUCUUUCACUUUCCACCUAUUCUUUACUAUGUGCAACACAAUUAGCCUUCAAUGCAGUAUUUUCUUAUUUCCUUAAUUCCCAAAAGUUCACAGCAUUCAUAUUCAAUUCUGUAGUUCUGCUUACUAUUUCGUCUGCCCUACUUGCCAUCAAUAACGACGAUUCUGAGGACUCGACGAAUCUUCCUAAAGAUAAGCGAGUACUUGGAUUCGUCUUCACCCUUGGUGCAUCUGUUACAUUUUCUUUAUAUCUUUCCCUUGUGCAGCUUUCUUUUGACAAAGUUAUAAAAAGCGAAACCUUUUCUGUUAUAUUAGACAUGCAAUUUUACCCUUCUUUCGUCGCUACUUGUGCUUGUGUUGUUGGGUUGUUUGCAAGUGGAGAAUGGAAAAGUUUGAAUAAGGAGAUGAAGGAAUAUGAACUGGGAAAGGUGUCAUAUAUAAUGACUUUGUUUUGGACUGCUGUGACAUGGCAAGUAUCUUCCAUUGGUAUGUUAGGGUUAGUUUUAGAUGUAUCUUCAUUGUUCUCAAAUGUAAUAGGUACAGUGGUACUUCCCGUAGGUCCUAUCCUUGCUGUUAUUUUCUUCCAUGACAAAAUUAAUGGGGUGAAGUUUAUAGCUUUGAUGUUAGCAAUAUGGGGAUUUCUUUCCUAUAUUUAUCAACAUUAUCUAGAUGACAAAAAAGCCAAAGCAAAUGAAUCUCAUCUUCCUCAGGUUUCAAGGGGUGAGGUAGAAAUUUGCUGAUGGAAAUAGACCAAAUUUUCAUGAAGCUAAAGUAGUUUUUUAUUUGAAUUAAGUUUGAGACAAAAGCUAAAGUAGUUUUGCAAUUUUGAGAAUUGUAUCCUUCUUUAUCUUGGAAACAUAUACUAUGACAAACAGAAUAUAGAAGCUGCUUUUGAAUAGAAAUUUACUAGGGUAAGUGAA